AUGCCGGAGAAGGGACUGAGCUGGCCCUCAUCACAGCCAUGGAGUCUAAGUCCAAGGUCGGGUCCUUUGCUUCAUUGGCGAGUUGGGGUUUUAACAGCUCUGGUUAUUGUUGGAAUGGUGGUCAUUUGGAGCGUCGAUGCAAGAACUAUGCAGAGCUUCGUUACAAGGUCCCGCCAAGCUUACCUCGUCACAAAGGUUAGUGCUUUAACUAAUCUCGCCCAAAACCAUGAAAAUGGGGAGUUUAGCUCCUUCCACAUUGCGGCAAAUCAGACCAAGAACCAAACCAAAGUGACCCAGUUCAAAACCCACUUUGAUUCUCAUGACCCAGUUAAUCUUUCGCGUUCUGAGUCGCUUUCUGAGCCUAAUUCAACUGGGGUUUCUGUAAAGUUGGAUAUAAAUCAAACGCAUCCUGUAGUUCCAGCUGAUUUGAGUUGGGUUUCAGCUGGAUUAGAGCCUAACGUCACAAAGAAUCUUUUAGCUCGGUGGCUAGCUCCUGGAGGAGAGCCUUGCAGAGCUUCUAAAACAGUGGAAAUUGCAAUUCCUGAUUUGGAUGGUAGGGAUCUAAUUGAGUUACCAGCUGGCGAAAUCUAUGAAUUUGGUUUUCGAGCACUGAGUGAUGACAAGAAGCCUCGCUGUUUAGGUGGGGAUUACUUUGAGACUGAUCUUUCUGGGGACUCAUGGAAAUCUAGGCCUGUUGUGAAGGAUUUUGGCAAUGGAUCUUAUUCUGUCUCGCUUCAAAUUCAUCCGGACUUUGUGGGGUUAUACAAUCUAACUAUUAUUCUCCUUUUUAGGCAUUUUGAGGGUCUAAAAUUAUCACCACACCGGUUUGUGUAUGAUCGAGAGCUUCGAAAGAUACCAAUCAGGUUUACCAAAGGCUCCGCUAAAUUGCCAGAGCCACAUACGUGCAAAGAGUCCGAUUUUGGAAGAGAGAUUUGGACUGGAAGGUGGACUAGGCAUGCCAAGAAUGAUGCUUGUGAAAUUAGUGAAGAUGGUCGGUACCGGUGCCUAGCCCCAAAUUUUCCUUGCCCAAGUCCAUGGUGCAAUGGUUCAUUGGGUUUGUUGGAGAGUAAUGGUUGGGUUUACUCCGCACACUGUUCUUUUAGGUUGUUUUCAGCUGAUGCUGCUUGGAAUUGCUUGAAGAACCGGUGGAUUUUCUUCUGGGGUGAUUCCAACCACGUCGACUCAAUACGAAACAUUCUCAAUUUUAUCUUGGAUCGGCCUGAUAUACCUGCAGUUCCUAGACGGUUUGAUAUGAAUUUUACAAACCCAAAAGACCCUUCACAGACAGUUCGAAUUACAAACAUUUUCAAUGGUCAUUGGAAUGAAACACAGAAUUACCAAGGUUUGAAUUCUUUGCAAAAUGAAGGAUUUAGGAAUUUGAUAAAGAAGUACUUCUCAGAAGACACGGUUCCAGAUACUGUAGUCAUGAACUCUGGAUUACACGAUGGGGUAAAAUGGUCUAACAUAAGAUCAUUCAUUAAUGGGGCAAGCUAUGCAGCAUCAUUUUGGGUGGAAGUUAUGGAGUCAAUAAGGCAGAGAGGAUUGGCAGUUCCAAGAGUCAUUUAUCGUACCACAGUAGCUACCGGCGGGUAUGCACGAGCUCUGGCAUUUAAUCCUAGUAAGAUGGAGGCAUUCAAUUGGGUAUUGUUAGAUAAAUUGAAGGAAGCUGGGAUCCUUUCUGGUGUAAUUGACAAUUUCGAUAUGACCUUCCCGUGGCAUUACGAUAACCGGUGCAAUGAUGGUGUACACUAUGGCCGACUUCCUGCAAAGAUGAAGUGGAGAGAUGGCGUGAUCGGGCACCAUUAUUUUGUAGAUCUUAUGUUGGAUCAUAUACUGCUGAGUGCACUUUGUGCCAGCUACCAAGAUUCUGCAAGCAGGUGA